AUGCAUGCUAUGUGGCAAUGUCCUGCUGCCAGGGAUGUGUGGACAGGUUCAAUUCGAGUAGUGCAGAAGUGGUCCAGUGCAGAAGACAACUUUCUGGUUCUAUGGGAGAAGUUUAUGGAUAAACUGUCUGAAAAAGAGCUAGAAUUAGUGGCUGUAUUGAUGAGGCUUCUGUGGCUUAGAAGAAAUUCUUUUAUAUUUGAAAAGAAGUUCAAAGAUCCUAAUUCUGUAGUUUGCACAACUAGAGCAGUUAUUGAGGACUUUCAAGAAGCUCGAACACAUGAAGUAAAGAUAACAAGUGCAGCUAAUAUGGGAAGUGGCAGUCAGAGAUGGAUAAAGCCUAUACAGGGGUUCAUUAAAGCAAACUGGGAUGCCUCUACAAAUACAAGAAAUCUGGGACUAGGAAUUGUCUUGAGGGAUGAGGUUGGGGAAGUUCUGGCUUGUGCUUGCUUUAAAAAGCCACCAGUUUCGGAUUCAAGCUUAGCUGAAACUAUGGCAUUAUGGCAGGCUGUUGAACUGAGCCAUGAGUUGGGUUUCAAUAGAGUCAUCCUUGAAGGAGAUGCUUAA